CUCUGCUGCUUACAUGCUCCAUCGCGCAUCCGCAAGCACACGCCUCCUCCAGAAAUGCGUGUCUAGGUCACUCUCUUCCACCUCUCCCGCCUGCUACCCACCUCGCUCACCCGACAAAAUCAACUACAACCAACUCUCCUUCGCGGACGCCCCGGACACCGAGCAUGUCAACUACAAACGCGUCACCGCCAACGACCUCGAGCAGCGCCGCGAGCCGCCGACCCGCGUCAAGUUGCUCGUGCGCGACUUCAUAGAGGACUCGCUGUACAACCCGCACUAUGGCUACUUUCCGAAGCAAGCGGACAUCUUCACGACGACGGAUCCCAUUCACUUCACAUCACUACGCAACACCGUCGAGUUCCAGGAGGAGGUCGGGAGACGGUAUGCUGAGUACGGACCAGAUGGAGAUGGACCGGGCAGGCAAAUCUGGCAUACACCGACUGAGUUGUUCCAGCCAUGGUACGGGCAAGCUAUCGCUCAGUGUCUCGUGUCUGAAUACCUGCUCAAGUACUUCCCCUACGAGGACUUCGUUAUCUACGAGAUUGGUGCGGGCAAUGGCACCCUCGCGCGCGAUAUCCUGGACUACAUCCAAGAGCGCUACCCCGAAGUGUACGACCGCACUCGAUACCGCAUCAUUGAGAUUAGUGGCAACCUCGCGCGCCUGCAGCGCGAGAAGCUCGCCGACAAGCACCCCUGCGUGGACAUAGUGCACAAGAGCAUUUUCCGCUGGGACACACGCGAGUCCGCGCCCUGCUUCUUCCUCGCCAUGGAGGUCAUCGACAACUUUGCGCACGAUAUGAUCCGGUACGACCUGCGUACGCUCGAGCCGUACCAGGGCCUCGUCACCAUCGACGCGCACGGCGACUUCGGCACGCACUACACGCGCGUCACAGACCCACUCAUCGCGUCCUUCCUCGCGCUCCGCCGCCGCCUCGCGCACCCACUGCCUAUCCCACGCCUCCUCAAACGCUCCGCCGCGCUGCGCACGCUCUACACGAACCUCCCCUUCGCGCCGAACCUCUCCGCGCCCGAGUUCAUCCCGACGCGCCUCCUCAGCCUCCUGCGCACGCUCCGGCAGCACUUCCCGCGCCACCGCCUGCUGCUGUCCGACUUCUCGUCGCUGCCGGACACCAUCGUCGGCGUCACUGCGCCCGUCGUGCAGACGCGGUACCGCAACGAGACCGUGCCGUGCACGACGUUGCUCGUCAAGCAGGGCUACUUCGACAUCUUCUUCCCGACCGACUUCGGCCGGCUGCGCGACAUGUACGAGCAGAUCCUGUCGCAGCCGCUCCCGUUGUCACUGCCGGAGGAGGCGCUCCCGCGGUCGCCGCUGUCGACGAGCGCGUCGCCCGUCUCGCUGGGCAGCAACUUCUUCUCGUCGUACCAUUGGAAGAACCGCCGACCGCCGACGGACGGCGUGGCGUCGGCGAGCGGGAUCCCAGUCGGCGAACGCAAGUCGAGUGUGUAUACGCAUGCCGAGUUCAUGGCGACGCAUGCGGAUCUGGACAAAACCCGCCUCCGGAGCGGCGAGAAUCCCAUUUUGGAGCUGUACCAGAAUGUUAAGUUCUUAUUUUGAACAGUAUGCAAUGCGCGACAUCGAG